CUAUUAGAAAGAGAAGAAGAAGAACAAGAACAACUCGGGGAGUUUGUUUCAGUGUUUUGAGCGAACGCGACUUAAGUAGUACAUUUCUCUGUGUAUGUAAUACUGUUUUUUGGCAACAAAUACAAAGGUUACUGUUGCAGCAUGGAAGAAGAAGUUCAGUUUUUGCAAGAUCAAGUCAAAAGGUUAAAUUCUGCUCUUGGACAGUAUCAGAAUGCAUCCUCCAGUCCGUUCACAUUAGCUCAGGUUGAAGAGUCAAAGCCGCCUGAACCUGGUGCCCCUUGGAUCUCAGACAGAAGGAUUAUGACUCCUCUGCUGGCCGACUAUGACCGACACAUAGAUACCAUGACUGAACAGCUGCAGAGGUACAAGGCGGAGAUGACUGAUAUUAAAAAGAAGAUGCAGCAGAUUAUUAAGGAGAAUGAAGGGCUGCACGCAGAGCUCCAUGAAAGCAUUGAGACACAGAUUAAGAACCUGUCAAAGUCGGGAUCUGAUGUGGACGACGUCAUCAAAAACCUCAGAGAGCAACUGCAGCUGUCAGAACAGGAGCGUGAACAGGCCAUGAACCUGUGGCAGAUGGCGGCUGUGGAGCUGAACCGUCUCCAGGCUGACCAUCAGAGGAUCAUCACUGACGGGCAGGAACAAGAGGCCCAGCAGCAGCAGCUCCAGGAUCAGCUGGCUCAGUGGCAGAGGCAAGCACAGAGUCACCAACUGGCCAAUCAGAAGCUGAAAUCAAGAAACCAGGAGUUCCUGAAGACUGUGACCGAGCAGGCCACCGAGAUGAGCGAGCUCUUCGAUCAGCGCGGGCAGUUCCAAGCUGAACUGAAAAUGGCUCAAGACGAGCUCAGCUCAGCCACGGCCAAAGUGGAUGAGAUGGCCAAGCGUCUCCAGAGCGCGCACGAGCAGCUGAAGAAACAAGAGCAGGACACAGCAAAGGCUCUGUGCCAGCAGGAGGCAGCAGAGAGGAGGCUUCAACACUUCAAGCUGACUGUCAGUGAGAUGGAGACCAGGGUGAAAGUGGCGUGUGAGGAGAGGGAGGCUGUUCUCAGCGAACGCACCACCUGGGAACAAAAAAUGAGCAGGCUGCUGGAACGCUGUGCCUCACUGGAACAGGAGAAGUUUGAAGCCGUUGCCAAAGUGGGCGAGGCUGUGCAGAUGUCCGAGGAAGCUGUUCUGGACAAAGAUGAGGCUGUCUUCAGAGAAAAGCAGAGGUUGGAGGAGCUGGAGAAGACAAAGGAGGCCACCAGACAGCUUAUUCAGGAUGCUGCAGUCCGGACGAGGAAGGAGGUGGAGAAUGUCCGUCAGGAGUGUAACUUGAAAAUCACUUUUUUGAUAGAGGAGGCGUCUGAUCUGCAGCUGGAGUGUGCAAACAAAGACCUGCUGGUUCAGCGGCUGCAGCGAGAAAGAAAAAAUCUUGAAGCUGAGCUGGAGAAGAUGCGCAGAGAAGGUGGGGCAGAGGUGGAGCUCAGGAAAAUUGAAGCCCUUCAGCAGAGGUGCCUCCUGGCAGAACGGAGUAAAGAGGAUAUAGGCCUUAGUCUGAAAACGACAAAGAAGAAGUUAAAAGAUAUGGAGAAGACCUGCAAUGAGAAGUUGUCACUCUGCCAAGAUGAAGUCCGGCGGCUGCAGGGCUGCCUGGAUGCUGACCGCCACAACUCUGCCAAAAUCAACGAGGAGCGACUCGAGCUGCAACAGGAAAACCAGCAGCUCCGCACUGAGCUGAUGGAGCUGCGUAAGAGCACUACACUGGCUGAAAAAAAGGCCAAACUGAAGAUCUCGCAGGUGGAGCAGCGGUGCAGUAUGAAGGAGGCAGAGCUUACAGCACGCAUGUUGGAGCUAGAGGAAAGCAGCCGCUCUUCCAGCGCUAUGAUGGAGCAAAUGUUCGUAGCUCAGCAGAAAAAAGCGCAGAGCGUGAAGGAGGACAGCAUCCAUCUGAUCCAGGUCUCCGAAGCCAAAAUCAAAGAUCUCACGAAGAAGCUGAAUCAGGAGAGACAGCGUUCCAAUCAGCUCCAACGGCAGCUGCAGGCUGACCACAAUAAAAUGUCUGAGUAUGAAAAACAGCUCGCAGCUUGCCGAAAGAAGACUCGUCUACUGACGCAGACGGGACAAAAAAUGCCUGCUGCUACAUGACAGACUAAAGAUGGUGGCAUGUGACAGGAAGAGGACUGAAGAACUGAUCCUCAGUACAACAUGACUGCUUCUGACCAGGGAGGUCGACGUCAGACACACGGCCUCCUGGGUCGUUGGCCAACAGGUUGUGUGAGUCGUAGUGGUCUCUAAAUUUCCUCCAUGACCACUAACAUCUGCAGGAGGGUCAAGCUCCACAUCCAGCUCCCUUGAAGGUCUGUGUUAGUGCAGGAAGGAACGUGUGCUUCCUCAUUGUGCUCUACCAGGUUCUGAUGGGUACUGAGUGCACUGCCAGACAAGGAUUAUGGAUGUGAAAUUUUCAUGAAAUUGCAGAUUUCUGCGGUUUAGUGGUGUGGCAGAUCACUUGAUCAACUGAUCUGUACAAGCCCAUUUACACCAACCACAAAACCGAUCUCCAUUAACGUCAAGGACAAAGUGUCCACCGUCUCUUUGCUGUACAGGCAUGAACCCAGUGAACCAAAUGUGUUGGAAGCAUGUGCGCAGCCAAACUGGCUGAAAGAUAGAGUAUUCCUGACUGUUUCUGUGUAGCUGCUCCCCAGGAUCAGUGGGUAGGAUGACUGUUUUUGUCCAGAAAGGGCUAUUAAUAAAAUCAUUCUUGUCACCUUCUCACAAGAUAAUGUGGACAUCCUCGUCUCUUCUUAAAAAAGUUAGUUACCAACUCAGAUCAGUUUUGCUCCCUUUCUAUUUUUUGUACUUUUCAUGAUUUUGGCAAAGGCUUUUUUUUAUUCACUAAUACUGUUUAUAUUGUAUUUUUAUUUUUUAUUUAUUUUUUUAUCUAUACUAUUGUAACUGGUUUUAUUCUGUUAAAGACUGGACACGUUCUCAUUCAGAACCACAGACAAAAGUUCCUUAUUUUCAUGACUCUUGUUCACGAGCAUCUUUAUUAUUGGUACAAUAUCUCAGAAUAUCUUCUGCUGAUAUUACUUCAUAGCCUGUAAAUUAAGAUGAAUGUCUAACUUUAUGAUUUUCUCUGUUCAAAUGCUGAACAUUACUGAAGAAACAUAAUCUUUUUAAUUGCUAAGUCAAGCUUUGUAUAAUAAUUUGUCAAACUGUAUUUUUCUAUUACUGCAAUUGAAUAUUGACGAAUCUUGAGUACAACUAGAGCUACCGUUUUGGACAGAUGAAUAUUAUUUCCUAGAUUGUCGCAACAUGUAUGUUUGUGAACAAAUUCUCAGACUGCUGGAUUUCACAAGCUUUUCUCAAAUCUCAUGAAAGUCUCAAGAAAUUCCUGGAAUGUGUUGCUUUAAAAUGGAAAAAAUGCAUUCCAGAGCAUUUAGAACCCUUCAGCUGAUGAUCCAUCAUGAUCUCUGGUUUCUAUACAUCUCUUUUCUGGAGAUCAAACUGUGUUUUUGUCUUUGAGGUCUGUAAGACCAAUGGAAAGAGUCUGCAGAUGGUGGUCCAGGAACUGUGAGUUCAAAGGAGGACAUGAAGAUCAGUCUGUUCUCUCUGGUUCAGUUACCCGACUGCAGAAUGGCGCUUUGGGCCUCACACAGAUGCUCUUACUGUUAUUGUGCGUUUUUCUUGUUUGAAACCAAUGAUGUUUGAAUUAAAAACAUCAUGACACCUUGA